AUGGUGGAUUACUAUGAAGUUCUAGGAGUGCAGAGAUACGCCUCAUCCGAGGACAUUAAAAAAGCUUACCAUAAAGUAGCACUUAAAUGGCACCCUGAUAAAAAUCCAGAAAAUAAAGAAGAAGCAGAGAAAAAAUUCAAAGAAGUAGCUGAGGCAUAUGAGGUACUGUCAAAUAAUGAAAAACGGGUCAUUUAUGAUAAAUAUGGCAAAAAAGGAUUAGAUGGCGGAGGCAGAAGUCAUUUUGAUAAUGAAUGUGAGGAAAGCUUCACAUUCUAUAAGACAGAUGAUGUCUUUAAAGAAUUUUUUGGUGAAAGGGAUCCAUUUUCAUUUCACUUCUUUGAAGACUCACUUCAGGAUCUUUUAAAUAGUCCAAGACACACCUGUGGAAGAAGGAGAGGUACAGGAUCCUUUUUCCCUACUUCCAGUAACCAACCAGUUUAUCAGAGAUUUUCUUCCUAUGACACAAGAUACACAUCCUAUGGUUCACUGGGGCAUGAAGGCUUUACUUCAUCCUCUUCCCGGACAUUUGAUGGCAGUGAGAUGGGCAAGUACAUACCUGUUACAACUUCACGCAAAAUUACAAGCGGCAGAAGUCUUAGUACAAAGAAAAUUGAGUAUGGUCAGGAAACAGAAAUUGAAGAUGAUGGUGAGUUGAAAUCCUUCCUUAUGAACAGAGUGGCAGAUGAAGAAGGCUUUGCACAACGCAACUGGAGAAGGCAGUCAUUCACCCAUUAUCCAUCAAAUUCCUACAGUCCCAAACACGUAUCUCCAUUUCCUUUUGUGGACAAUCAUCAACAAGGUAUACCUUGGGUCACUAGCAACUGGGAUCCUUCUAUUAUCUCAGCAGGAUUCAAAGAAGGUAGUAAGAGGAAAAAAAAGAAGCACAAAGAGGGACAGAAGAAGAAGUCAACCAAAAGGAACCGCUAA